AUGCCGGCCAGUCUGACCUUCACUUCCAAUGCUUCUGAUAUUGCAUCAAACGGUGAAGACCUAAAUUCAAUGGAAGGAGCUCUUGCUGAAGCAAGAUUGCAGCUUGAGAAGGAAGAUGACGAGCUGGAGAAGGCAGUAUCUGGCAUUGCUGUUCAGACAGUAGAGUUUGAAGACAAGAUUGUUCAGUUUGAGGAAUUUGAUUUGCAAAUGGAGAGGGAACUGCAAAAACUCGGUUUUCUCACUUUGGGGCGGAGCAGUGGAUCCCACAUCCUCCUCCUCCUGCUCCUCCGUCUUGCUCUCCACCUCCGGCUCCUUAACAGGCUUGCUCUCGAGCUCCGCUUCAUCAGAUCAGGAUUUCACAGUAUCCAGCAUCCUCUUACUGAUUUCUUUGGAAUAAACUUGAAGAAUUUCGAUCCCAUCAUCGUCAGUGGUCGCAGCAGCCCCAGCGGACAAAAACGCUUCCUUCUCGAUCUUGAAAGCCUUACUCUCAAAACCCUAAAAAAAAUUCGGUUCCUUAUCUCUUUCGAUCUCUGUAAUUCUCAAAAAAUUUCAAGUUAA